AUGUCCACAACCACUGGAGCGUUCCUCGCCGGAGGCAUUGCAGCAUGCGGCGCAGUCACUGUCACCCACAGUUUCGAAACCGUCAAGAUUCGACUUCAACUUCAGGGUGAAUUGCAGUCGAAGAACGAGGGUGUGAAAAAGUACCGUGGUGUAUUGCAUGGCGUCAAGGUCAUUCUUCAAAAUGAAGGCCCGCGUGGUUUGUUUCGUGGCAUUGGUUCUGCCUACAUCUAUCAAGUCCUCCUGAAUGGCUGUCGCCUCGGCUUUUACGAACCGAUUCGCUCUACCGUGACAAACGCGAUUUACAGCGACCCCAAAGUCCAAUCGCUAGGGGCCAACGUCUUUGCUGGCGCAGCUUCCGGUGUUAUUGGUGCAGCGGCUGGAUCACCAUUCUUCCUUGUCAAGACUCGUUUGCAGUCAUUUUCCCCCUUCCUGCCCGUGGGUACCCAGCACAACUACAAGAACUCAAUCGACGGUCUCAGCCGCAUCUAUCAAAGUGAAGGUGUCAAGGGGAUUUAUCGUGGAGUUGGUGCCGCGAUGAUACGGACCAGCUUCGGUAGUGCUGUUCAACUUCCUACGUACUUCUUUGCCAAGCGCCGAUUGACCCGUCACCUGGGCAUGGAGGAGGGACCUGCUCUGCACCUGGCCAGUAGUGCAGCGUCGGGCUUUGUUGUGUGCUGCUUUAUGCAUCCCCCUGGUAUGCCAAGACUUAGCAUCCCUGAUGUUGCUUCCGAUGAUUAUACUGACUCAAUGACAACAGACACCAUCAUGGCUCGCAUGUAUAACCAGACUGGUAACCUUUAUCAAGGGGUCUUUGAUUGUCUCUUCAAGACUAUUCGCACUGAAGGUGUGCUGGCUAUUUACAAGGGCUUCUUUGCUCACCUGGCCCGUAUUCUUCCGCAUACUAUUCUGACACUGAGUCUCGCCGAGCAAACGAACAAGCUGAUGCGACGCUUCGAGAGUCGUAUAUUGCCUGACGCUCUGAAAGAGAAACUUUGA